GGGGGGGCUGACCAUAAAAAAAAAAACAAUCAUAUGAUAAUUUUUACGUUUUUGUACACGGUUUUUGAAAAAAGUGGGGCACUUGGUUCAUCUAUUUGAAAUGUUUUAGUUCCCCCCCCCCCCCCGUAGUUACGCCACUGGUACUUGGUAUAUGCAAAGCUGGCUGCUGACCCAUCUGAAAUAUCUCUUGUUAUAAAAAUUAUAUCAUAUUAAAGCUUAGAUCUUCAGCUUUAUCAUAAUUUAAAAAUCAUUUGGGCUCAAACAGAAAUUUAAGUGUAAAAACAACAACUUUUGUUGCAUGAAAAUAAUUAUUUUGUUUCAUGUUUUAGAUCAAAAGUUUAUUCUAUAUUACAACAUAAAAAAAUCCAAACACAUGACCUGAAAGAAUGAUUUAUCUUCUUUAUAAAGAUACCAAAAACAUGAAAUUUGGCAAAUAUUUAGAGCAGCAAUGGCAGAAUAAAGAGAGGUGUUUUGGUCCGCACCAAGCUCAUUAACAAUGCAAAAACACUCUAGCCAUGAAUAUCACUUGGAUAAAAGAAGCUACUUUUUCAGGGCUUGCCGACUGACUGAGUAUAGGCUUUGUCUUGGACCUUUUUCAUCAUUUCAGUGGUAGUAGUAAUGAAUAAUAAUAUUUUUUUUACAUAGAUUUGUACCAUCUAAUCUAACUUUGAGUGUUGUUGUUUUUAAUUCAUUUGACAGGCAAGGAACAUCAGAUGAGAUGAGAGGUUGAUUUUGAUAGAUGAGGGUACCAGGGCCAUUCUACAUCUUAUCUCUUCUCUGUCAUCCCUAUUAUUCCUGCAUUUCUCAUCGACUUGAUACAUGUAUACAACUAAUCCAAAGAAGCACUAGAGGGACCAUCAGAUGAUAACACCCCUCAAGGUCACAUGUUCACUGGAAAUUAACAAUUCCUUUGACUCUAAAAGUUAGAGCACAAGACAAGAACUUGAUUAUUUACAUCAGCCACACAACAAAAGGCUCUAAACUUUGGAUGUUACAAUCACAAGGCUCUUACCGGCUUGUUCUUGUUGCAGUAACCAAGAAGGGUGUUAGGUUGUUGAGGAGAGGAAUAAAGAAUCAUUCUGAUAAGAUGGCUGAAGGAUCCAGUAUGAGUCAUCGUGAGAAGGAUGGAGAGCUAUUAUAUCCAGUUGUUGACACUUAUGGACCAAUAACAGUACGAGGUAGUGAAUUAGAACCAGGCAAGAAGAAGAAAUGGUGUACUUGUGGCCUCAGCAAAAAAGCCCCUUGGUGUGAUGGUGCUCACAAGAAGACUGGUUUCCGUUCCCUUAAGUGGGAGGUCCCUGAGAAGCCACAGUCAAUAUAUCAGAUAUGUAACUGCAAGUACACCAAGUCUCCCCCUUACUGUGAUGGGACCCAUACCAAUCUUCCUGAAGAGGUCCUAGAGAGACAGAAGAACUGUCCUAACAAGCCAAACCACGAACAAUGUCUCAAGAUGUGCACCGGGUGCGGAAUUAAGGUGGACUUUUGAUGCUGGCUUCACAGACAUAGGGAUAUUUCAUUCUAGCCAGGACUUCUAAGCGAUUGACUACCAACUUUCAAACUUCCUCUAGGCUUUGUGAAGGUACUACCUUGUUCUGAAAGACAACAAGUUAACAUGUUACAACUGAAUUCUGUGUUUCCCGUAGGGUUUGUACAGGAACACCAGGUUCCAGUUGGCUACAGUUUAAUCUGUUGUAUACUGAAUUCUGUGAUUCCCCAUGGCUAUGUACAACUACCAACCAGUUCCAGCAGGCGAUGGGUUAACAUACACGUGCACUACUGAAUUCUGUGAUUUCAUAGUCUUUGAACAGGGAUAUCUUUCAGUAGGUACUUGUAACAGGUUGACCCAUCGACUAAUGAAUUCUACAACUCCUAAAGAGUUUGUACAGGUAUCAUUUGUUCCAAGAAGCAUCAAGGUACCUUUGCCUUUUAAAUUUCUUAUUCUGUUUUUUCAAAGGUUUAUAGAGUUGAAUUAGGAUUGAUUAUGUGGUUUGAUAUGGAUAGCUGAGCAUUGACUAUAUCAUCUCCUUUCCCAAAUGGUCCCGAGGCCAAAUUAAAAUUGAUGAAAUUAUUUUUUGGUAUAUUUGAGCAGUACUGACAAAUACCCAAAACUUCACAAAUUUUCACUUCUUUAAAUUAAUUGUCUGACUUGAUUCUUUAGAUAUUGCACGAUCAUGGUAUUAGUAUUUGGAUUUAAAUCACAUUCUUUUUAUAGCCUCAAAACAAAUGCCGGAAUUAAACGCUUUUAUUUCAAAUUUGUUUGUGCUCUCUGAAGCGCUUCAGGGAUAGUUAAUAGUUUAUGAAAAUGGUAACACAUACUUUGCUUAUACAGAUUAUUAUGACCAAAAAAAAAUUAAUGUGGAACCUUGCUUACAGAAACAAUUUCCAUUAGUGCACGUAUAGCUUAUUAUUAAUGUUGUCAUUGAAGUUUUUAAUCAUAUCCGCAUACAAUAUGCAGGGCAGUUGCAAUGUUUUGCAAGCCAUGAUUUUCUCAUCAUGGGAGAUAACAAUUUAGCAUACAGUAGGUGUGGAGACAAGCAAAUCAGAUUAAUACCUUGCCAAAGGAUGCUAGUGAUUUGUUAAGAUUUGAAUCCCACACAUUGUGGUUUAUCACAGUCCAGGGUCUUAUCUACUAAACCAUAUUAUUAAACAUGGUAUUUGAUAAGUGAAGGCUGAGUAGAUAUAUAUAAUAAUGUGCAAAACUGAGGCCUUGAUUUUUACAUUUGUAUUUAUCUGUGGCAAUAUUUGUGUGUACUUCUAUGGCUGGAAACCAGAGAGGAAGUGAUUUUUUUAAAAACUGUAUGCAUCUUCAUUGUAAUAUUUCAAGAUCUAGUAUGAUUGAAAAAUUAGGCAAUAUGGUGAAUUUUAAACAUAUCUAUCUUUAAUGUAUUAAAUGUUAAUUUUUAUCAUUAUUUUAAAGAUCUACAUGUAGAUGAUAGAAAAUUGAUUACAAAUGCAAUAUGAUGAAUGAAAUUUUAUGUUAGAUGUUUUUGUACUUGUUAUUUGUAAUGUGACCACAUGAAUGCAUUUCCAGGGGAAAUUUUAUUAUCAACCCCAUAAUCUUUGAACAUGAUUGUUUAGAUAUAUUUCCAAAUGGUGCUAUAUAUGUAAAUCAUGUUGUUUUUAGAUAUUGACCCUUUUAAUAAGGGGUUGACAGGAAGUUAUUAAUGCCUCCAUUUUGUAAUCAAGUUCUGAUUUUGUCUUUAAAAAUCUACACACUGCAUUGAACAAGGUUUGUUCAUUCAUUUAUCCUUUCCUUCUUCAUCCCAAUAAUUUAAAAUCUAUUUGACUAAAUCUUAAAAAAAAUUUAAUCAAUAUUAUUUGUUGAAAAUUUUGACACUUAAUAUAAUGGAUCAAUAAAAUCAAAAGACCAAAGGUUAAUAGAAAAAAAAAUGGCAAAAAAAUAUCUUCUUAAAAAACCCUGAUAAUUUGAAAAUCAGAGUCCAUUCAAGUUUCUGUCAGAUCAAAUAUUUUAAUCAAGUGACCUACCGGUAUUUCACCAACAUAAAAAUGUGUACAAGAUUCUCUAUAUAGUAAUAUAAGAUUAGGCCAGGGUUCCAGAACACAAAGUAUAACAAUCAAUCGCGUGCUUGAUUUUCACGAUUGAUUGUGCAUUGUAGUCAAUGCAAUCAAUCAUAGAAAAAUGAUCUUUGAUCAUUGCUAAGUUUGUGUUAUGGGCCCCUGGUGAUAUUAUUUAUAUAUCUCGCCAUAUUUCAUCAGAGGUCAAAAUCAUCAAUUCAAAGGUAUAGAUCUGGUUUUGGUUGGGUUUUGUGUUUUCUCCCACCAUUUGAAUACCGGUACUUCUCUUAGCGAAGCAAAUAGUGAGAUUUCAAAUAUGACAGCAGACAUAUGUGUAGUGAAAUUAGUUUUCCAAAAUAAAAAAAAUAAUAAUUACAGAAAAUGAACUAGACAAAUGAACCAUUUUGUGGUACAGGGUCAUUCAUAGAAAUCUGUGAAGCAUAUACGAGUUGUGGCCGUUCUUUGAGCACUGUACUGAGCGUUCCAAGUUUCAGCACAGAUAUUUGAAAUACACUGACUGUAUUCCAGAAUUUCUUUCUCCAGAACAUUUGAUAUUUGUUUUUUUAGGAUUAGAGUUCACAGUUACAUGUAUUGAUAAUACAGGUUUGUAGUUAAAGGGGAAUCCAGCCUUGGCCAUAAAAUGUUUUGUUGGGAAGGAGAAAAAUAAAUUAAACAGAUUGGUGAAAGUUUGAAAGAUAUCGGACAAGCAAUAAGAAAGUUAUAGCUGCUUUAAAAUUGAGAUCACUAAUAGUAUGUACAUUUCAAAUUGGCAACUGGGUAAGUAAAUUAUGACAAGGGGCAAGGACAACUUUCCCAUAGGCCAUGUACUUUAUUAUCAGGGAUUUGUGGUUUUCUCUUAAGUACCCAUUCCCCUGGGGCAGUAAUCUAAAUAUAACCCAGGUAGUAUAUUGUUUAAUGUCCUCAUGAAAGAAAAAUAUAAUUUGAAGUAAAACUUUUGGGAAAAAUGACAUUUAGCCAUAAUAUGUAUUGGAGUUCAUGGAAGAGUAGUCCUUGCCUUACAUCACUAUGACAUCCCAUAUGCGGCCAAUUUGAAGUCUCCAUGAGUAAAGUGAUUACCAAUAUUUACAACUUUUAAAAAUUCAUAACUUUCUUGGUGUUUGUCCAAUAUUGUUUAAACUUUCACCUAUCAACUUGUCUGAUUUUUCUUUUUCUUAUAAAAACAAGUUUUUAUUUGGGUUGGAUUCACCUUUAACAUUCAAGAAAGAAUAAUUUGAUGGGCAAAUAAUUUGUAGCAUUAAAAUGAAAAUUACAGAUUUGUGUUAAUCUUCAAUUUUACCUCAGAGAAGAAAAAAAAUUGCCCUUGAAGGAGAAAAGUAUACAUUGUGCCUUUCUUUCUUUUAUGUCUGAAAUCUGCUUUGCUACUGAAGUCUCCAUACCAAAGUUAUAUAUUGGACAUGUUUCUGAAAGUCAUGACUGAUCUAAUGUGCCUUAUUUUGUCUUGCCUGCAUACCAUGUUUUGGGUAAGAACAUUGAAAUCUUAACCAAGGUUAAGUUCAUGAAAUGUUGACAUAAUGUAGACAGUAUAUGGACCCAGUUAAUGAAAUUUGGACAAAAUGAUUAUCAGGUAUCAUUGAUUGUUGUACCUGAGUUCUAUGUCACAUGAGUAAGGUCAAAGUUCACUUAAGUUCAAUGAACUUUGUUGGGGAUAUUUUUUUAAUUAUAAAUUUUGUUGAUCAAGUUCAUGAAACUUGGACAUAGGGUAAUUAAAUAUCAUUGAUCAUUUUGCUUGAAUUUAGAAUGAUGAAUAUACACUUUUUAUUUUAUCUUCAUCCAAAUGAAUGCCUUCUAUUUUUAUUUCAGUACUUGAUACUUUUGCUUUUAGAGCAUUACAAGCCUCUGUCUCAAUUGCUACUCUGAUUUUUUAUGUGUGUAUUUGAAGUCAAAGGGGUAAAUUAAUUUAUAAUUUUGUAAGAUGCUAAAAUCCAGGGGAAUUUUUUCUUUCCAUGUUUAAUUCAAACUAAACAAAAUGGAAAGCAAAGUAACCGAGCAAAUGAAGCAGCAACUACGGGGAUAACUAUUAGUGGAUUUAUAAUACUAUUGAUACUUUCUAGAUCAAUAUUAGGAUGAUAUUCUCUCUAUUUAUGCUGCCAAAGAUUUUUAAAGACAUUAAUAAUCUAAGCUGCAAAAUUGUCAAUGUGUACGAAAAUUUAGCAAUCUAUUCUUAAAUCAAAAUAUGCAAUUUAGUUCUUCAUGAUUACCAAUAUGAUGUUUUAAAGACUUUGAAAUUACAUUUUUCAGUCAAUGUCUAUUUCCAUGAAAUUGAAAUAAAUAUAUUUCAGUAUAUGU